AGUAUAUUCUAGGCACUAUACAUGCGUGUAGCACCUACACAUAUCCGUUGAACUAACGUAGGUGUUCUGUGCUAACGUGCCUUUAAAAGCUCAAUGCUCCUUAACUUUAAAGGACCUUUGGCAUGCUCGUGGGACAGGGGUAUUAAUAGGUUCAGUUGUUUAACCCUCCGUAGGCGCUCGUGCUCGCCUUCUAAUGGCUGCUUCAGCUACUUCGAUCGAACCGCUGUUUCUGCCAUCUAGAAAUCGAAGUAAAAAAGACGAAGAGACCAAUGAAGUGGCCUGCAUUUUCUGUGACAUUGCGUUUCAUGUCAACAAGACGAGUAACUUCCAAAACUUGUUGACACACCUGCUAAAUGCGCACAAGUUUGUCAUCACCAAUUUCAGUGGCGUUGCUGAUCCUCAAGGAUAUUUUGCGUAUUGGAAAGAGCGGUUUCGAGAGAUUGCCGAUAUCAGAGAAGUAUGCGUGGCAAUGAAGAGUAACAGUGGCCAGAAUGAUGUCGGAACGAGUGAAUUCUACUUUUUGCUUUCUGAUAAGCUACCUGAAGACGACGAUAUUCGCAGGAAACUUCGCAAGUCAAAGCUGGAUGAUGUGCUUGCAAGUCAAGAACUUGAAAGGUCUGACACGUCCUUCAGAAGAACGUGCUUGUUUUGCAAGCAGAUUUUUACUGAAAACAGGGCCGCGCUUCUCAAUCACAUGGCUCGUGACCACAACUUCAGUGUCGGAAGACCUGAUAAUUUAGUUUAUGUUGAAGACUUCCUUGACGUCUUGGAAGACAAACUGAACAAACUGCAGUGUUUGUACUGUGAGAAGACGUUCAAAAACUGGCAGACAUUGAAAGAGCACAUGCGGAAAAAACAGCACAAGAAGAUAAAUCCUCACAAUAAAGUUUAUGACAAAUACUAUGUCGUCAAUUACACCGAACACAGAGGCCCGAAAUUAACUGAGCAAGAUGAAGACGUGGAGCCAGUGAAUGACAAACCUGACGAAUUUGAGGACUGGGAGGAUGAAAGUGAAGAAACGAGCCUCGUAUGCCUGAUGUGCAGUGAAGCCUAUGCCAGCAUUCCUGCCAUCACAAGGCACAUGAAGGACAUUCACAAAUUUGAUUUCACUAAGAUAAGAGAGAGCCUUGGCUUUUACCAGCAAGUAAAGGUUAUAAACUAUUUACGGAAGCAGGUUUAUUUGAACGCAUGUUUCGUGUGCUCAGAAAAGUUCAGCUGUCAUUAUCAACUGUUGUCUCACUUAUCCAGCAAUGUGCAUGACAACAAUGUCAUCGACAAGUCAUGCUGGGAUCAACCACACUCAGGCAUGCGCAGUGACCAUGGAGCCCUCGGGGGCGUCCGUGACAAAACGCGCGGACACCAACGAAUCACGAGAGGACAACCGAACGAAUGGAAAAGCGAGCUGUUUGGCGAUCGCAGCUCUGACAGUUCUAUUUUCCAACCUAUGAAAAUGACCAACUGCUCUGCACUUUGGAAGAUGAAAACCUGCUGGAAGACUCUGCAGAUGAAGUGAUUGUGCCAGAGGACUGUGCGCCACCUGAUAGUUGUGUACUUGAGGCACUCGAGAGCAAAGAGUGAAGCUCUGUACGCAUCUUUCUUUGUGAACAGCACCUGGUUGGCACCGUUGCGUUUCUUGGCAGACAUUGCUGUGCACACAGACACAUGCACACAAACAUGUGUGCCGACAGAAAAGAACCGAACCUAUGUUGGGUUUGCAGAGAGUACAUCAGAGCACAUGGGAAAAAGCUUAAAAACUGUUGAAUCAGACAUCUUGAAAAACAUAGUAUCAUUUUCUCAUUCGAACUUUUGAACUAAAUUUCGGCCAAGUGAAUUAAUGGUUUUAUGAGUACUACUACAAAUGUAAUCUUGUGCGCACCUGAAUGAGAAAAGGAACAAGAAAUAAAGAAAAAAAUAUCAUUAGCUCUUUUUUUUUAAUUUUAUCCAAGCCUUCCACCACUAACUCUGCAUAUUUUUUUUUUUUUAUUCAGAUACCCUAAAGGCCCUUAUGGGCAUUACAUAGGGGGAGGGGUUAACAACAGGAAAUUUCAAACACAAAUAUAGAACACCGUGGUAAAGAUCACCGAAUACAACAAGAAAAUAUAAAAAGAAAAAAAGGAAAGAGAAUUGCAUACAUGAUGAAAACAACAACAACAACACUCCGUACAAAGCAUGUAGAUACACUUACAAUGCGUCAAAGGCAUAAAAUUCUGCUUUUACCCAACAUGCGUAAAACUACGCUUCAAAUUACUAACAAAUGAGUCAUGAUCACGUAUAGAAGCAAUUUCUUUUGGCAGCUUAUUCCAGUGAUGAAUAGCUAGAAAGAGCGGUGAUUGUCGGAGGAGAUUCGUACGUGCAAACAUGGGACGCACUUUGAAGGGAUGGUCGAGGCGGGGAAAAAAUUUUUGUGGGGGUUUGAUAUGGGAUGCUGUAAAGGAUGACGGGGUAUGAUACAAUCUGUGGAAGUGGAAAAGCAGUGCUAACACUCGUCGUGUUUCUAGAGACGGUAAUUGGAGGGACUCUUUGAUAGCCGUGAUGCUGGAUGUUCUAAAGUAUGUUUUAGUGAUGAAGCGUGCUGCUUUAUUUUGUAAAGAUUCCAGCUUGUUUAUUAGGUAAGUCUGAUUUGGAUUCCAUAUUAUGGAAGCGUAUUCAAUCUUUGAGCGAACUAGAGCUGUGUAAGCUAAUAAUUUAGUUGACUCAUUUGCUAAAUACAAAUUUUGCCUAAUGAAUCCAAGUGUUUUAUUUGCUUUCGAAAUUAUUUCAUCAAUGUGAUCAUUCCAUGUAAGGUUAGAAGUUAAAUGGACUCCCAAAUAUUUUAAUGUAGACACAUUCUCUAUGCAUAUGCUGUUCAUAAAAUAUGAACUUAAGUGAACGUUACUGGCUCUGCUAAAUGUCAUUGUUUUAGUUUUAGAAACAUUAAUUUCCAUUUGCCAUUGCUCGCACCAAAGUGAAAUUUUGUUUAGGUCGGCCUGUAAAAUAUUAGUGUCUUCAGAGGUGAUAAUUUGUCUGUAAAGAACGCAGUCAUCUGCAAACAAUCGAACUGUUGAGAUCAGGUUGUUACUGAUGUCAUUAAUGUAAAUUAAGAAUAGGAUUGGGCCAAGUACGGAUCCCUGAGGAACGCCAGAUUUAACUUGUGCUAAAGCGGAAAAGUGAUCAUUUACGGAAACAAAUUGGUAGCGAUUGGUUAAAGAACUUGAGAUCCAAUUAAUAAUUUUACCAUGCAUGUUAAGCCGGCUAAGUUUCAUCAUUAAGCGAGAAUGGGGAACUUUAUCGAAUGCUUUCUUGAAGUCAAUAAAUAUGGCAUCGAUUUUUAUGGAAUCGUGAACAGCUUGAUGAAGAUCAGUUAUAAGUUCAAAAAGCUGUGUUUCACAAGAGCGUCCUUUCUGAAAUCCAUGUUGAUUGUUAGAAAAGAAGUUAUGUUCAGAUAAAUAUUUCAUAACUGCGGAAGAUAUGAUAUGCUCAAGUAAUUUACAUGGAAUACUAGUCAAGGAUAUAGGUCUAUAGUUUGAGGGCACUGAUCGGUCACCUGAUUUAUAAAUGGGAGUGAUACGACCGACCUUCCAGUCGUCUGGUACAAUUCCUGUAUCUAUUGAUUGCUGGAAAAGGGCGGCUAAUACGGGAGAUAUUAUAGGUUUAGUCAUUUUAAGCAUCUUUGUGCAGAUGCCGUCUGGACCUGGCGCUGAGUUAUUCGAAAGCCGAUCGAUGGCCGAUUCUAUUCCCUCUGGUGUAAUUAUGAGAUCAUUCAUAGAUGAGUUAAUUGAAGGAAACGUAAGGUCAGGUGUAAUUGGAUUUUCGUUUGUGAAUACAGAACUGAAAAACGAGUUUAAUUCAGUCGCAGCUUCAGAUGGUGAGAGUAGCUCACCGUUAUUAACGAUUGGUAUAGUGGAUUGAGAAGAGUGUUUAGGGUUAAUUACUUUCCAAAAUUUUUCGGAUUGUUCAUUAUCAUGCUGACGAUGUCACCGUUAAAAAACUUGUCUUUAGAUGCUUCAAUUUCAGCUUUACAUUUAUUUGAUUGUUCUCGGUAUCGCUGCCAAUCACCAUCCGAGUGGGACAACAUAGCUUUAGAGUAAAGGCGUUUCUUUUUAUUUAUUGCUCUCUUUACUUGGGACGUGAACCAUGUGCUCUGUGUUGAUGACGUUAUUCUAAUUUUGGGAACGUGCUUUUGUUUCAGUUCAAUAAGCUUUCUUCGGAUAGCGAGCCAGUUAUCAUUUGUAUUGCGAUAAGCCAUGGUUUCCAAGAACCACACAGAAAAAUAUGACAGCUCUGUAAGAAUUGCGUCGAUAUUUGCACGGGAGUAAUCGUAAAUAGAUUUCGUUGCCUUUUCUGGUUUACUACUUUGUAAUUGGUAUUCACAGUGUACUACGUUGUGGUCGCUAAUACAUUCAAGGACGUGAACAAGCAUAUUUUCCGGUUCGGUUGUGAGAACUAGAUCUAGAAUAGCGUUUCCACGUGUUGGUUUGCAAACUAUUUGAUGCAGAUCAAAUGAACAAAGAACAUCGAGAAAUUCCUUGCAUUCGCUCUUCCUUGCGCAACCUAGGGGCGUACACGUCUGCCAAUUUAUUGUGGGGUAGUUGAAAUCGCCAGCAAGGAUUAUAGGUGAAGUUGGAUACUUGUCUUGGAUUAAAGUUAGGGAAUGAUUAAGACUCUCGAUGAAUUCGGAAGUAGCAUCAGGCGGACGGUAACAGACCCCGACUGCGCAAGUCACAGAGGGACAGACCUGAAGUGAAAUCCACAAAAUUUCAAUAUUUGACUGUGUGUCAACAACGCGAGCACAUAGAUUAGAUUUCACGGCAGCUACAACACCGCCUCCCCGUGCGCCCACCCUAUCAUUUCUAAAUAUAGUAAAGUUUCUAGAGAGCGACAGCUCGUUGUCCCCAAUAUCGGGUGUAAGCCAAGUUUCUGUCCCAAGAACAAUAUCUACAGAACAAGCCUCAAUAAAUGCACAUAGCUGGUCUUGUUUGUGAAACAUGCUUCGAAAGUUGCACAGCAGGAGUGACAAUGAAUCACCUUGAUUAGCAUGACUAUGUCAAUCAUUCUGGUUAGUUUCGUCCCCUCGUCCGCCAACAGUAGGUUGCUCACUCAGCCGACAUACUUCGGCUUCAUUGCGCGUUGAAAGACAGGUUACUUUGUUUUGUGAUGAAUCAAAGGUGUAACAUUUGCUUCCAAGAAGAUUGUAGGCAGCCUGUGGUGUCUGAAAUAUCCAAGCUGACUGGUCUGUAUGAAUUGUGGUCACAAAUUAUUUGGAAACUGUUUACAUGUCCUCUUGACCUAAGCCUAGGCAGUAGGCUGUAGAAGUGCUUUGCAAAAGCCUAGUUGCAGUGUGGUGCAACAUGUGGUUUCCGGAAUUUCAGGAAAAUUGGAGCCAGUUAUCUGCGGCACCAAGUCUAGAUCAACUAUGAUGUCAGAGUUGCUAGAACUGUGACUUCUCAUAUUGAAAAGCCCAUGUUUUCACUUCGGCUUUCCUCUUGAUCUUCACUUUCUCUCCAGGUCAGAUGUACCCUGUGAAACGUGAUUUUUACAAUAAUAAUUAGACCAGGAACGUUGUGUCACUUAAUCCUUUAAUUUAACAAGACAAGCUGCCACUGUAUACAGUGGCCAAAGUCUUAGUUGUGUUGACCUGUAGAGCCCUGACGUAUCCGCGUCAGGCACUAAAUAAUUUUGUUAAUUGAAAAUUUAGUUUCACCACAUUUCUUGCAUCUUCAGAAUUAUGAAAAAGUGUACAUGUUGCAGAACAUAUUAAAGUUUUCAAAAUAUAGACUCCAUACGAGAACUCGCUACUCAAACUUCAGACAUGAGAAAAUCAGCUGUUUUGUGUCCAGCAUACUUGGAAAGCACCCACCCACCAACUUGAAAAGUUUGGCAGAUUCCAUGCAUAUGUGUUAAUUGGUGACAAGUGAAGCUUCCCUUGAUGUUCACUGAAACGUCUUCACUUCAUCACUUUUAUGUAUCUCAACGCUUGCUCAAUGCAUGCACUGGUCCUAUAUUUUUCAUUCAAGUUCCCCAUGCCUCGCUGCUUCUGUUGCUGACUUCUUUGUAACCGACUUCAUCGUUUCUUUGUAGCCCAAAACACCUUGCUUAAUGCAUGCUUGGGUUUCAUUUUGUUCCAUUCACUUUUUUCUUCACAGUGCCUCUCAGUCAUGUUGUGGUUUUCUCAUGUAAAACACCAAAAUUAAAUUUUUUUUUUCAUUCUCCA